AUGACGCUACCUCAAUCCAACUAUACCACCAAAAAAUGGUGGAAGGAAGCAGUUGUAUAUCAAAUAUACCCCGCUAGUUUCAAAAGCAGCAAAUCGGUCAGCGAAGCUGACGGGUGGGGUGAUGUGAAUGGAAUUAUUGAGAAGGUGCCUUACCUGAAGAGCCUGGGUGUCGAUAUCGUAUGGUGCAGUCCCAUUUACAAGUCUCCACAAGCGGACAUGGGAUACGACAUUGCAGAUUAUAAAUCUAUCGACCCGCGGUAUGGCACUCUAUCCGAUGUGGACCUUUUGAUUGAAACUCUGAAGAAUCAUGGAAUGAAACUCAUGAUGGACCUUGUUGUAAACCAUACCUCUGAUCAACAUGCUUGGUUUCGUGAGUCUGCAAGCUCCAAGGACUCAUCGAAGAGGGACUGGUAUAUCUGGAAGCCCCCAAAAGGAUUCGACGACGCAGGAAAACCACUGCCCCCAAACAAUUGGGCAGGUAUACUGGGUGAUUCACUCAGCGCUUGGAACUGGCAUGCAGAGACCCAAGAAUUUUAUUUGGCUUUACAUUCGCCCGAGCAAGUUGAUCUGAACUGGGAGAAUGCAGAAGUUGUCACUGCCGUUUACGAUGUCAUGGAAUUUUGGUUGAGUCGCGGUAUCGCCGGGUUUCGCAUGGAUGUCAUCAAUCUCAUAUCCAAACACCAGUCUUUCCCAGACGCUCCGGUCAUUGACCCAAAAUCAAAAUAUCAGCCAGGGGAAAAGUUUUUCACCAAUGGCCCCCGCUUUCACGAAUUCAUGCAUGGUAUUUACGACAAUGUCCUCUCGAAGUAUGAUACUAUUACUGUUGGAGAAACGCCAUACAUCAGUGAUAUGAGUGAAAUUAUUAAGACGGUUGGAUCCACAGCUGGGGAGCUGAAUAUGGCAUUUAAUUUUGAACACAUGGAAAUUGAAGACAUCAAAACUCGCGGCGAGUCGAAGUGGAGCUUGCGUGACUGGAGAUUAACAGAACUCAAAAGUAUUAUUUCUGGAUGGCAGCGACGAAUGAAAAUAUGGGAUGGUUGGAAUGCUAUUUUUCUGGAGUGUCAUGAUCAAGCUCGGUCAGUCUCGCGCUACACGAAUGACACAGACCAAUAUAGAGAGCAGGCCGCCAAAAUGCUGGCGCUCAUGCAAACAACACUUGGUGGAACCAUGUACCUAUACCAAGGCCAAGAGAUUGGGAUGCGCAACUUUCCUUCGGAUUGGAACCCAGAAAUCGACUACAAGGAUAUCGAAUCGGUUAAUUUUUGGAAGAAAACAAAAGCGCUAUACCCAGAUGGAUCUAAAGGCCGAGAGGAGGCUGAAAGGCUUUUGCAAAAGAAGGCUAGAGACCAUGCUCGCACACCUAUGCAAUGGGAUGAUUCUCCGAAUGCCGGUUUCACUGUCCCCGAAGCAACACCCUGGAUGAGAGUCAAUGAUGACUAUAAGAGCAUCAAUGUGAAAGCCCAGCAGAGCUUGAAAUGGCAGACCAAGGAAGAAUUAUCAAUUUGGCAAUACUGGCAACACGCAUUACAGCAUCGAAAACUACACAAAGAUGUUUUUAUUUAUGGUGAUUUUGAAGAAUUGGACCAUGAAAACGAAAGAAUUUUUGCUUAUCUGAGGACGGAGGUGGACAAAAAGGAGACGUGGCUUGUUGUGAUGAAUUGGACAACCGAUGAGAUAGAAUGGACUAUCCCUGCAGGCAUUGAUGUCAAGGAUUGGGCAUCAUCUACGCUUUCGACCCACAUUAUCAGUGUCAAGCCAACUAUUAAGCUCCAGGCCUUUGAAGGCGUUCUGGGA